GCGCCGAGCCGCAGCCCGCGUCCCCGCGCCCCCGGCCGGCCCCGGCCCGGUCCCCCGCUCGCGCUCGCGCCCCCGGGGCGGCUGGGUGGCGAGGGACGGAGCACCAGGCGUCUGACGGGACGAGGGACGCGCGGCGGGCGGCCGCGGGGCAUGAGGCGGGGACGCGAUGUCGGUGCCGCUGCUCAAGAUCGGGGCCGUGCUGAGCACCGUGGCCAUGGUCACCAACUGGAUGUCGCAGACGCUGCCCUCGCUCGUGGGGCUCAACGGCACCGUGUCCCGCGCGGGCGCCUCCGAGAAAAUCACCCUUUUCCAAAGCCCAGAGGAAGGCUGGCAGCUGUACACCUCGGCCCAGGCCCCGGACGGGAAAUGCAUCUGCACGGCAGUGAUCCCUGCUCAGAGCACCUGCUCCCGCGAUGGCCGGAGCCGGGAGCUGCGGCAGCUGCUGGAGAAGGUCCAGAACGUCUCGCAGUCCAUGGAGGUCCUUGAAUUGCGGACGUACCGUGACCUUCAGUAUGUGCGCAGCAUGGAGACCCUCAUGCGCAGCCUGGACACACGACUCCGGGCAGCCGAUGGGUCCCUCUCGGCCAAGAGCUUCCAGGAGCUGAAGGACAGGUUGACGGAGCUGUUGCCUCUGAGCUCGGUCCUGGAGCAGUAUAAGGCAGACACACGGACCAUCGUGCGCCUGCGGGAAGAGGUGAGGAAUCUCUCCAGCAGCCUGGUCGCCAUUCAGGAGGAGAUGGGCGCCUUCGGGUACGAGGACCUGCAGCAGCGGGUGCUGGCCCUGGAGGCCCGGCUCCAUGCCUGCGCCCAGAAGCUCGGCUGCGGAAAGCUGACCGGCGUCAGUAAUCCUAUCACUAUUCGGGCCAUGGGGUCCCGCUUUGGCUCCUGGAUGACCGACACGAUGGCCCCCAGUGCGGAUAGCCGGGUCUGGUACAUGGAUGGCUACUACAAGGGCCGGCGGGUCCUGGAGUUUCGCAGUCUGGGAGACUUCAUCAAGGGCCAGAACUUUAUCCAGCACCUGCUGCCCCAGCCGUGGGCGGGCACGGGCCACGUGGUGUACAACGGCUCGCUGUUCUACAACAAGUACCAGAGCAACGUGGCGGUCAAGUACCACUUCCGUUCGCGCUCCGUGCUGGUCCAGAGGAGCCUGCCCGGUGCCGGCUACAACAACACCUUCCCGUACUCCUGGGGCGGCUUCUCCGACAUGGACUUCAUGGUGGAUGAGAGCGGGCUCUGGGCCGUGUACACCACCAACCAGAACGCGGGCAACAUCGUGGUCAGCCGGCUGGACCCGCACACCCUCGAGGUCGUGCGGUCCUGGGACACCGGCUACCCCAAGCGCAGCGCCGGCGAGGCCUUCAUGAUCUGCGGUGUGCUCUACGUGACCAACUCCCACCUGGCCGGGGCCAAGGUCUACUUCGCCUACUUCACCAACACGUCCAGUUACGAGUACACGGACGUGCCCUUCCACAACCAAUAUUCCCACAUCUCCAUGCUGGAUUACAACCCCCGCGAGCGGGCGCUCUACACCUGGAACAAUGGCCACCAGGUGCUCUACAACGUCACCCUCUUCCACGUCAUCAGCACCGCUGGGGACCCCUAGGGCGGCCCGGCCUACCGCCCGCCUCCUCCAUCUGUCCUCUCUGUUGCUCUCUUGCCCCUCCGGCACUUUCUUUCUCUCCCGACCUUUCCACCGCGCUUCCCUUCCCUGCCUCUGUGCAUUCCGUCUCUUCUCCUUUGUUGAUUCCUGCAUUCGGAGGCGCACUGUCUGCCUUUUUACGGAAGUCCCUCUGUCUCUCUACAGCUCUGACUUUCCGGUUCUGUCUGCCCGCCGUCUCUCUCUUUAAUCUCUGUCCCCACCCUCUGCUUCCCGCCCUCUCCCCGCCCGGCCUCCCCUCCCAGGAGUUGAGUGCAUGGAUUGGUUUCUUGUUUUAUUUACACUUUUUCUUUCCGCGUUGCCGGAAUAAAUGGGACCUUUGACAUUUGA